AUGUUUGCAGGAUUUGCAUUGCAGUUUAUCCACCAGAUCCACGGAUCAUUGAUUGUCCAUGCCCAUGAAUACGCAGUUAUGUGGCCUUUCUCUUCCGCUGGUAGAGGCGAGGUGGAGGACACUGACUGGCGGUUCUUCCUCACUGGUGGAGUGGCUCUUGAGAAUCCGCAUCCGAAUCCCGCACCAACUUGGCUCGGUGAGAAAAACUGGUCAGAAAUUGUGCGAGCUAGUGAACUACCCGCUCUUGAAGGCCUCAUGAAAAGCGUGAGAAGUGAUCCGAACCGGUGGAAGAUGGUAUAUGACAGUCCAGUGCCACACGAAGCCACAUUUCCGGCUCCCUUUCAAAAGACGUCUGACAUGAAUCGACUCAUCCUUGUGCGCUGUCUUCGCUCGGACAAGGUUAUCCCUGCUGUGCAGGUAAGAUGGAAACUCCGCAGUCCCCUUGCCAGGAGAACCAAAUUUUAA